AUGGCCGCAAUUGCGGCGAUCAGCAGCACAAAUGCAAUCCCUGACGUGACGCCAGCUGCCAAUUUGAACAGUCAGCCGUCGAAAAUCAAUUACACUGAAAUCGCCGCCAAAAACAGGGGACGCGGCGGGAGCGGAGGCGGCGGCGGAGGAGGAGGGGGAGGUGGCGGAGGGAGCUUCGGAUGGGGAUGGGGCGGCGGCGGGGGUGGUUCAGGCGAGGGAGGAGGAGGGUAUGGAUGGGGUGGAGGUGGCGGUGGGUCGUAUAAAUGGGGGUGCGGCCGCGGCCCAGGCGGCGGUGGCGGCGGCGGAGGAGGCGGCGGUGGUCGAGGUAAGAGGGGGAAGUUUGGGAGGGGAGAGUUUAAGAUGGGGGAAUUUGCGCAGUGUAGUGAGAGAGGAUCUAAGUGCAGGGGAAUGAGGCUGGACUGUCCGCUUCACUGCGGCGGUCCUUGCUUCUACGAUUGCCGGUUUAUGUGCAAAGCCCAUUGCCGCCACCGCCGGCGGUAG